UUAAUGAGAGAAUGAUAAUUUUCAGCUGAACUAACCCUUUAAUGACACGAACUCCAUUAUGUUUUGUUAUCAUGACACAAUAACUGGUGUCGUUCAGACGCAGGAGUGGAUCAGGAGGUUCGGUCACUGCUGUUUCAGUGUCUCAUCUCUCCUCUGGCUUUCACUGCAGUUUUUCCCCCACAAGAAAUGUGAUGCUGUUUUCAUGUUCGUACAGUCAUUGGUUGUGAAUCAGGUUUCACUCCACUUCUGUUCACGUUUAAUCAUUGUUAGUCUUGUCUCACUCUUCUCUCUGUUGCCUGCAGCCUCACUGAGGAGGUCGUUUGGAGGGAGAGGUAGAUGUGGGUUAUGUGAUCUAAUUAGCUGUAGUGAGUGAGUGUCUCUAGAACCCUGUGUGCUCGUUCUCUCGCCCGCCGCGAGCGUGUAGACGGACUCCGCCCGUACCGAACCUCCGCAGUGCGUCUGAGAGCGUGAGAACCGAGAGACGGCGCGCCGUUGCCGUGGAGGAGCACAGGAAUCCCAGAGCGCCUCAGUUUCCAGCGUUAGUCUCCUGCUGAGAGACAAUAUUGAGACAUUUUUUCUUCUAGACAGCAGCAACUAAAUAAACAGCAGUGAGCUUGAAUCAGGCAGUUGUUAAAUAACGUCUCGUCACGUGAUAAACGAGUGAACCCGCUCUACCCUUCUGUGUCAAACGCUUCUCUCCCGACUAACCGAUUAACACUCCGUCACCCGCCGUCAUCACUGACAGGCUGAUGUGUGGUUUUGUAGGGGCUGUUUCUGGUCUGAGCGUUUAUUUUUUUUCCCCCCCUCUGCACUGAGUCUCAUUGCGGCAGCAUCAGGUCCCAGCAUGCCGUGCUGCAGCCUCCCCUCCCCGAGCGGCGCAGCACACUCACGGCCUAAGGUCCAUAUCUUCUCCCGGAUGGAGGCGUUCCUCUGUCACUCCCCGCGUCACCACCUUCCCGUGUCCGGGGUGUCAGCAUGACAUUGAUCUUGGGGAGCGAGGGAUCAGCAUGCUCUUCAGGAACUUCACGCUGGAGAGCAUCGUGGAGCGAUACCGUCAGGCGGCCCGCGCGGCCGUCGCCAUCAUGUGCAACGUGUGCAAACCGCCCGCUCAGGAGGCCACCAAGAGCUGCAUGGACUGCAAGGCCAGCUACUGCAACGAGUGCUUCAAGAUGAACCACCCGUGGGGAACGCCGAAAGCCCAGCACGAGUACGUGGGACCCACCACCAACUUCAGACCGAAGGUGUUGAUGUGUCCCGAACACGAGAUGGAGAAGGUCAACAUGUACUGCGAGGUGUGUCGGCGUCCCGUGUGUCAUCUUUGCAAGCUUGGCGGAUCUCACGCUAAUCACAAAGUCACUUCCAUGAGCAGCGCCUACAAGAUCCUCAAGGAGAAGCUAUCGAAGAGUAUCCAUUACUUAAUUAGCAAAGAAGACCAAGUGAGGACUCAGAUUUCUGAACUGGAGGUGUUGAUCAAUCACACAGAGGAAAACGGGCAGCUCGCAGAGAGACGAGCCAACGAACACUUUGAGCGUCUCUUCGAGACCCUUCAAGAGAGAAAGACCGAGAUGUUGAGGUCCAUCGAGCAGUCCAGGAACCUGCGUGUGGACCGGCUCCGGGGUCAGGUGGAGGAGUAUCAGGGCAUGCUGGAGAACAGCGGCCUCGUGGGAUACGCACAGGAAGUGCUGAAGGAGACCGACCAGUCCUGCUUCGUUCAGACAGCCAAACUGCUGCACGUCAGGAUUCAGAAAGCCACAGAGUCCCUGAAGACCUUCCAGCCCUCGGCGACCCCGUCGUUUGAUGAGUUCGUGUUGGACACGUCGAAGGAGGAGAUCUUGCUGAAGGAGCUCAGCUUCGGUGGCGCCCCUGAACCUCCUGUGAUUGACCUUUCUCGCUGCCGCGUUUACAACGAGGGCCUGAUCCACUGGCGUCUGUCUGAAGACUCGCUGCCCACAGAUCAUCAUAUUGUGGAGUUCAGGAAGCUGGGCGGAGAGGAUGAGGAGGAGGAAUCGCGCUGGAUGGUGACCGAACGCGUGUACGGCUCCAGCACGGUGGUGUCGGAUCUGGCCGGCGACUGUCGUUACGCCUUCAGAGUGAAGAGCUGCCGUAACGGCCUGUUCAGCCCCUGCAGUCCUGAGGUGACCUUCCACACGCCUCCGGCUCCAGUGUUUGGCUUCCUGUUUAAUGAGAAGUGUGGAUUCAGCGCGGAGCGGCUGCAGCUGAGCAAACGCCGGGACUCUGUGGAGAGCAUGGCGGGGAUGAGUUUCCUCUUGGCCGCAGAGCGCGUUCAGACGGGAAGUUACAUAUGUCUCGACUACAUCAUCGGUGAUACGGGCAUCUCUCACGGCCGCCAUUACUGGGCUUUCCGUGUGGAGCCCGAUUCCUAUAUGGUGAAGGUCGGAGUGGCCUCUGACUGCAAACUAACAGAGUGGUUCCACAACCCUCGUGACACCAGCAGCCCCCGGUACGACCAUGACAGCGGGCACGACAGCGGCAGCGAGGACGCCUGUUUCGAGGUAUCGCAGCCCUUCACGCUGGUCACCAUCGGCAUGGGCCGUCUCUUCAUCCCCAAAGCCUCCGCCAGCGCCGCCUCGGGGGAGCACGGCAGCCGCGUCCUGCCCGCGCCGCAGAGGAUCGGAGUCUGCCUGGACUACGACGCCGGACGGGUGUUUUUCUACGAUGCCGACAGCAUGCGCUGCCUGUACGAAAGACAGGUGGACUGUUCUGGCACCAUGUACCCUGCAUUCGGACUCUUGGGUGGGGGGGCGGUCCAUCUGGAAGAGUUCAUCACAGCCAAGCGGCUGUCCUACAUGUGAGGGAUCCCGUUUUGGGGCGUCCCGGAAUAUUGGUGUCUGUUAGUAUUCUGUGUAGUUCUCUCGAGUUCCUCAGUAGAUCGUCGUGUGGGUCGGCCGGGGGCGUGUCGCUGUCCAGUUAUACAAGUGAAUCUGGUUCAAGAGCCAAAUCCGAUCUCGAGUGCCUACGUGCCUUCAAUGACAUCAGCCGAGCGGAAGUUUCACACAGACCAUCAGGUUUCACGCAGGGCACCUUAAUACACCGAAAUAUAAUGCAAAGCCUCACAAUGUCACUUUCUGAACAAUGUGCACUGAUACUGUUGAUUACUUACCACCGUUUACACGCAGUUAAUGAGCUUAAGGAUGAUUUGAACACAAGAAUUCACUACUGAUUGUGCACGGUUUUCUUUUAUUGUAGCAGCACCUGCAAAACUUAGAAAUGUUUGAGAGUAAAUAAAAACAAAUAAGUCUGUCCUAGAACAUCAUGUAGAUAUGAUUGUGAGUUUUCUGAAACGCAUGAAACACCUUUAAACGAAAUGUAGCCUCUGAAUCAAACCGGUGCUGAUCAAACAGAACCUAAAUAUGAUUCUAUGAGACAGACCUGAACACCUUAAAUGUACUUACUGUAUGCACUAUAAUUGCCAAGGCAAAUGUCUUGACUGGACUAACAUGGCCUUAUUGAAUAACCGCAGGCUCGUCGCUUCAUUGGGCAGAUUACAGGCUAGAAAGGGAUUGGACUGACUCCUGCUGGGAUAUUGGAGUGAUUCUGCAGGCACUACCUACCUCUGAGUGAAGCUGGUUCUUGUAGUUUAUGAUGUAGUUGUGCUGCACAAGUCUUGUGAUUUGAUUCGUAUUCUUCUGAGGAGGAUAUAAACAUGUUGGAGCAUUUUAGGGACGCGUCCUACUACUUGAUUAGUGUGUUAUUCUGUGAGUUAUUUCCCUCUUUAUCUUGUCAGUAAAUCUCAUGCUAAUCAUUUUGGUACAUUGUGAGCGCAUAAAAGGAAACUUGUCUUCUGAACACUUUAGACGAUUAGAUUGAGCUUUUACCUGUUUGUGAUCAUUUAAAAAAGUGUGUUAAUGUAUGAAAUCAGUGGUUUUUCCAGAAGGACUAGUGUGCCGUGUGUGCAAUUCCACAGUUUUCUUUCAGGGUUGUUUAGUUGCUGUAUGAUUUAAUUUUCACUUUUUCACAUACUCACUAUCAGAACGGUUUAUUUUCUUGGGUUCGAUGAGGAGUUAAUGUCACAGGUGUGUCAUGUCACAGAACGUGUGUGUUUUGGAAGCCUGUAACCAAAUGUUUUGCCAGUUUCUUGUACAUGUUAAACUGGGUCUGUAAUCGUUGCGGUGUGUCGUGUGCGGUACUGAGGCACUUUAAAGCAUGUCAGCCACUGAGCUUGGUGCAGGUGCAAUAUCAUGUAGAAGACAGGUGGCGCUGUACGAUGCUUUAAUGGACACAAGGAUCUGUCUCUGUCACCUGCUGUUAUUUUUAAUGUACUGUGGGCUUUUGUAUUAAAUAAAUGAAUGUCCUUUUAGGAUCUGUAUCA